AAGGUUCUCAUCACUGGCCUCACUCGCUCCGCGCACGUAUUUGUUCAACUGGACACGGAAGACGCGUACUCACUGCCACAGCUCUCCACAAUGAUCCAGGCGGACGCGGCGGCGACAGCACCGCCAAUGACCAGCCACUGGUCGCGAGGCGACGAGUGUGUUGCUCUCUAUGGCGCUACCAACGAGUGGUACCGCGCUCGUGUAACGGCAGCGAAGAGAGAUAGUGUGGACGUUUUCUUCUUCGACUAUGGCAACACAGAUACGGUCUCCAAUGACAAGGUUCGACCGCUCAAACCUCAGUUUGCCACACUCCCCGCGCAGGCUAUAGAAUGCAUUCUGAACGGUGUGGAAAGUGUUGAGAGCAAGCUGGAUGAACGGUCGUUUACUGCAAUGGCUGAGGCGAUGCUUGACCGCGAAUUGACUGUGAAGAUAACGAGAACUGGACGCGUCGUUGAUAUUGUAAUUGUGGAGGAUUCUCAUGGUCUUGAUGACCUCAUUGAGGAUUUUGUGAAGGGAGGUGUUCUCUACAGAAAUGUGUCAGCUAGUAAUAUCAAGAAGGGUGAAACAUAUGAUGCCUACGUGGCGUGUAUAGUUGAUCCUUAUGAAUUUUGGAUCCAACUCGACCAGAACAGUGAAAAAUUAGAAAGUCUCAUGCAGAGAAUUGGUGAAUUGUAUUCCUAUCCACGCCAUCCUCCUGCACCUGCGCAACUGGGGUCUUUGUGUUGUGCUCAGUACUCUCAAGAUGGUGCUUGGUAUAGAGCAAAGGUGUUACAAGUACAGGGUCCAAAAGCGAAGGUAAGAUUUAUUGAUUAUGGCAAUUCUGAAGUUGUUGAAGUCAGUCAAUUGAAGCAACUGGAUCCAUCUGUUUCGUCAGAGGUCCCAAUGGCAAUUUGCUGUGCAUUGGCUGAUGCGGAGCCAGUGGCAGGGAGUCAGUGGAGUCAAGAUGCUGUGCACAUUUUCUCAAGAAUUGUGCUAGAUAAACCACUCAAAUGUAUUGUUGAGGAUGUAGAAGUAGGCAAGGCAGUGACUGUAUCGCUUAUCGACUCUGAUACUCACCGGCCAGUCAUGGAACAACUACUUGCAACAACGGUUGUUAAGCGACGAGUUUCAGCUAAGCCAGCUCAAUAUACAAGCAUUAGGUUAGCUGAGAAUCAAAAGGAAGAAAUAUACAUUACAUCUGUGGACAGUCCAGCUCAAUUUUGGUGUCAACGAGUGAGUAGUGCUGAUGGCAUUGAAGCACUAAUGGCAUCCUUGGAUAACUAUUAUUCAGCAACUAAUCACCAUAGUUUAUCACAAGUGACGGCUGGCAGUCCAUGUUGUGGUCAGUUCACUGAGGAUAAUGUAUGGUAUCGAGCUGUUGUAAGAGGCACUGAACCUGGCGGGAAGGCCAAGGUUUGCUAUGUUGAUUACGGCAACCAGGAGACUCUUCCUCUUAGUCGUGUGCAAGUGCUUGAUCCACAGUUUACGCGGCUUCCUAUUCAGGCUAUAAGCUGUGGUCUUUAUGGUAUACAGCCAGCUGGUGGAUCAAAAUGGGAGAGUAGAGCGACAGGAAGGAUGCAAGAACUCACAGAGGCAGGGAGUAUGACUAUAACAGUAAGAUCUGUUGUUGAGCAAAAUGUUAACAGUUGGGCACUUAAACAUGUGUUGGUUGAUCUAAUGGUUUCUAAACAAGGUCAGAUGAUCUCUAUUGCCGAUGAGUUGGUGAAAUUUGGAUUGGCUGUUAAAGAAGGGGCUUCAGUUUCAGCACAUGCUCAUAGUCUUCAAGUCAGGCAGGCAACACUAAAACAGAAGGAAAUGACGGAAGUAGAAGUGACUUUUGCAAGCAAUCCAAGAGAGUUUUGGUGUAGCACGUUCACUGGAAGUACAGAUCUGGUGCCAGUUACAAAGGUUCUUAAAGCACAUUGUGAAUCAUCAGCUUCUAAGAAAUUGAGAAACGCUAGAACUGGUGAUUUAUGUGGAGCACGGUAUAGUGCUGAUGGUGAAUGGUAUCGUGCUAGAGUAGAGCAUUCGCCUCAGUCAGGCCAAGUCUCUGUGUACUUUCUAGAUUAUGGUAACUCUGAGGUCGUUGCUGAGGCUGACCUGAGGCAGAUUGGAUCACAACUGCUGUCACUGCCAGCUCAAGCUAUAAAAUGUUGUUUGACGGAUGUUCAUCCAUUGUCAGGAAGCUCGUGGAAUCAGUCAGCAGUUGACACUUUCGAGAAUCUCAUUUCAGACAAAGUGUUGUUUGCAAUUGCUCUUGGGCAGAGUGAUGAUGGCACAUCAGAAAUUAGACUUGUUGAUACAAGUUUGGAUGAUGAUGUAGACAUUGGCCAGAAGCUUGUAGAAUUGGGUGUAGCAAGAUUCUCUACAUCAACGUUUCGAGGAACACAAGGAGGUGCACAACUAUCAAAUGUUAGAAAGUAUAAGAGACUUUCACUGUCUACUGAGCAGCCUUUAGUGACUAUAGUCACUGUGGAAAAUCCUCAGUCAUUUUGGUGUCAGCUAAUUGAUGAGAAACUGCAAGAUGACCUUGCAAAGAUAAUGGCAGACAUGGCAGACUACUAUUCUCAACUAAAGCAAGGGCAGAAUGUUUUGCAACAAUUCAGAGAUGGUCUGCCAUGUGCUGCUCAAUAUACUGAAGAUGAUUGUUGGUAUCGUGCUGAAAUUACUACACGGCGAGGAGACUCAUUUGAGGUACGGUAUGUUGAUUAUGGCAACAGUGAGCUUCUUCGACCAGGGAGAUUACGAGCACUUCAGCCUGCUUUUGGAGCUUUACCUCCUGUUGCAUUUUGUUGUCAGCUAUAUGGUAUUGCACCGACUGGUCCUGUGUGGUUGUCUCGGGCUAGGACAGAGCUGGAGACAUUAGGAAAGGACAAAACACUGACGGCUAAGAUCAAGUCUGUUGAUCCACAAGGGAAAAUGACUGUGGAAAUAUAUGAGGGAGACAUUAAUUUAGCGGAGCAACUGGUUCAGAUGGGCUCUGCUGCAAAAGUUGGAGCUGGCACGUCUCAAAAUUCCUCUAAUUCAGUGGCACAACGACAAGGUCACGCAACAAGCAAAUCCAUGUCACAACAUUCAGGUUUUACUUACAUUGUUCCAAGUUUGAAUGUUGGCCAGGUAGAAAAGAUGGUUAUUGCUUACGUUACAUCUCCAUCUGAAGUGUGGUGUCAGUCACCGAAGGGACAAGCAGUUUUAGAGAAAAUGCACGCUGCUAUGCAGUCGGUUUAUGGCAAAACACCUCCCGAGAAAGGAAAGUUGGGGCAAGCAGCAGUUGGCAUGGCUUGUGUUGCGAAGUCUCCAUCAGACAGCUUUUGGUAUAGAGCUGUCAUCAAGCAAAUGUUGCCACAAGAUAAAGUUGAAGUGCACUAUAUAGACUAUGGCAAUUUGGAGUCGGUUCCACUAAAGCAUGUCAAAAUGGUGCAUCGAGAUUUCAAGCAAGUGCCAGCACAGGCUCUACCCUGUGCAUUAUACCAGUGCAGUGAACCAGCUGGUGGAUGGACAGAUUCAGAUAGAGACGAACUUGAUAAUAUGGUAGCUGAAAUUGAGUUGACAGGAGAGGUCAAGUCAGUACAGGGUAAGCCACCUAAGUAUAUUGUUGACAUGACAUUUGUAAAGGAUGGUCGUAAAGUGACCCUUCGGGAUGCAUUCUUAUUAGCUACUGGGAGAAGCAAUUCUUUGCAUCCUACUUUUUCUUCAUUUUCAGCUCAAGAAGUCACAUCAUUGAAGCCUCAAACAAGCGGUGGAAAACUGACUACUUCUCCACCAGACGUUGUCAGGCCAAGCAAAAUUGAUUUGACUCCUCCUUCCUUGAAGGUUGGGGUGUACGAAGAUGUUUGCAUCAUUGGUGUGAAGACUGUUGACCAUAUGUGGUGUCAGCUGUUCAGUGCGGGUGAUCAGCUAGCCCAGCUCAGUGACAAUAUAGCAUUAUAUGUUGAAACGGUUCAACAACCAUUAUCAAGUCCUUCUGGUGGUCUUUUCUGUUUGGCUCAGUAUAUAGAUGGUGCUUAUUACAGAUGCCACAUUAAGAACAUCCGUGCAGCAUCUGAUGUGGAGGUCUUUUUUGUUGAUUAUGGAAAUGUAGAAACUGUCAACGUCACAGCAUUGAGACCAAUCAGUGAUAAUCUUUGUCGUAUACCUGCACAAGCAUUUACUUGUAGGCUUGCUGGAGUGAAGCCGAAGCAACCUGGCAGAUGGAGUCGAGAAGCUAGUGCUUAUUUGGAGCGGUUGACAAUUGGCCAGCAACUGGUAGCAAGAAGGGUACAUGCUAAUGAUAUUGCUGUUGAUCUAUUUGACACCUCUGACUCAAAGGACAAGAAUAUCGCAAAUGAACUAGUAACUGCAGGGUAUGCUGUUUUUGACCAAGGCAGUUCACAAGCUAGUAAACCAGUAGCUGUGAUAAAUCCCACUCACAUGUUGCCAGGAAAGGAAUAUCAUGUUUUAGUUACACAUGUAUCUUCUCCAUUGAAAUUUUAUUGUCAAAUUCAAAAGGAUGCCAAAGAAUUUGGUACAAUGACUGAUAGGUUGUUCACAUACUGCUCUAGCCUUGGUGACGAGCAGGAAAAGAUAGGGCCACUGGAAGUGGCAGUGGGGAAAUAUGUUGCUGCCCUUUAUUCAGAAGAUGGUGGCUGGUAUCGAGGAAAGGUGAUGUCUGUAGCAAACCAUCAGGAGCAAACAGUUCGCGUGUUCUUUGUGGAUUAUGGCAAUGAAGAAGUUAUCAGUGUGAAUUCUGUAAAGUGUCUAAGGCAAGACUUCGCUCGUCUUCAUGCACUAUGUUUUGAAGCCAAGUUAGAUUUAGUCUCUGGUGACAUUUCAUCUGAAGAUGAUCUAAGAUUCAAAGCAGCCGUAUCUGAUCAAGAAUUUUUAUGCAGAGUAUUAUCGUCAGAUGGAUCUGGCUGCAAUACUGUUCAGUUGAUACACUGUGACAAACCUGUCAAUGUUGCUGAGGAACUUGGAUUCAAAGCAACGGUCUCACCACCAAAAGCUCCACCAAAUCGCAUUGUAGAUUUUACCCAUCCUCGACUCAUUGAGGGUUCCACGAUCAAGGUAGUUGGAACCGUGUGUGAAGAGUCGGGUCGAUUUUGGUGUCAAAUGACAGACAACGUGUCACAAUUGGAGUCUCUGAUGGCUAAGAUAGAGGAUCAUUAUGGUGCAUUAGCAACUAAUAAUCAAGCCCUUAAUGCAGUAGAAUCAGCUUGCUGUGCAAAGUUCUCCGAAGACCAAGCAUGGUAUAGAGCAAUGAUCACUGGCUUUGAGGGCAAUAACAUUGUGGUCAGGUAUGUUGAUUAUGGCAAUAGUGAAACAGUUCCACCUUCAGACUUGAAGCUAUUACUUUCAAGGUUUGCUGAGCUUCCAGCACAGGCUGUUUCUUGUCAGUUACCAGACCUUUGUGAUAUCAGCAAGUUGUCUGAAAAUGCUGUAGCACAGUUCCAGCAGCUUAUUGCGGACCAAGAACUGAGUAUUGUUAUUAAGUCUGUCAUUAGACCAGGACAUGCAUUAGUUGAAAUUCCCGAAUUGACUGAACACUUGAAAGAGCUUGGAAUAAUUGGGGCAAAGACAGACAGCUUUGAACAAGUUGAAGCUUCUUUUAGAUAUUUGCCAGUUCAGCCUACUCUUGGCUCUCAAGAGGAAGUUUUUGUGUCACACAUUGACUCACCUGCUGCUGUGUGGUGUCAAUUUGUUUCUCAAGAAGAAAUGCUAGAGGCACUGCAACGGGAACUUUCUGAACUCUAUUCAAGUCUUCCCAAAUUAUCGUUUGGCAAUACCACAGAGUUUGUACCAGAAAGUCCUUGUUGUGCUUUAUAUUCUGAGGAUGGAAACUGGUACAGAGCCAAGAUUUUAAGGACUGUGGGGCAAGACGUGGUUGUGUGUUUCAUUGAUUAUGGCAACAGUGGGAAUGUAACUGCUUCAGAUGUGAAACCUCUUUUGAAGCAAUUUUCGAAUCGUCCAGCUCAGGCCUUUUCAUGCACAGUAUCUGGAUUAACUCCUGGUUGUUGUGAUGAACUGAGACAGUUAUCAGUGGAUAAAACGUUCAUUUGCUCAGUCACGGACACAGUAGGACAGACAACAGUGGAUUUGUUUAUCAAAGAUGUAGAGCAAGGGAAACUCGUCAAUAUUGUGGACUUGUUUACCCCUCAAAGCAUAGAAAGUGUAGCGAUGGCCAAGUUCAAGCAAUUGGAAGUGACUGAAGAUAGUAUUGCUCAGGUCUAUGUGUCUCAUGUGGUCAGUCCUAGCCAGUUCUUCUGCCAGUAUGUGUCUCAUGAGGAACAGCUCACUGCUAUGAUGGAACAAGUAGCUCAAUAUUGUUCAAACACCAAUACAAAUCUGCUUAGAUCUCCAGCCAUUGGUUUGCCUUGCUUGGCAAAGUUUUCUGAAGAUGUUCAAUUUUACAGGGCAGAGAUACAGCAGAUUGGAGAGAGCACGUGUAAUGUAGUGUUUGUUGACUAUGGUAACAGUGACAAUGUGUUAUUUGAUGACUUGAAGGAAAUCACUACUAAUCUCCUACAGCUUCCUGCUCUGUGCAUUCAAUGCAGUCUGACUGGAACACAAUGUCGGAAAUGGGAUAAGAGCUCAACAGAUGAAUUUUCAAAGCUUGUUCAAUCAGAAGCUGCCUCCUGUCAUUUUGUAGAACAGAUCGAUGGAGUGUGGAAUGUAGAAAUUGAGACAGAGGCUGGCCUUGUAACAAGUGAUCAGUUUGGUGUUCACAGUCUUACUUUAUCUGUUCCCAAUAAUACAGCCGGUGACCUGUUCAUACCACAAAUUCAAUUGGCUGCUAAGUCAACAGUUGAUGUGUUGGUGUCACAUAUUGUUGACCCGUUAACAUUCUAUGUUCAACUGCAGAGUUGUUCUGAUGAACUAAACAGUUUGAUGGAAAAACUGGCAGAGAGUUACAUCUCUCUUGCUGAAGAUGACCUGGUAGUACAGUCACCAGUGCAUGGGAUGACUUGCUGUGCACAAUUUUCGGUCGAUCAGCAGUGGUAUAGAGCGAUCAUUAUAAAAGUUUCGGGUGCUGACUGCGAAGUUCAAUUCAUUGAUUAUGGCAAUCAAGAAGCUGUGCCACUGUCAAGAAUCAAGGAGUUGAAAGAAGACUUGUUGACUUUUCCCACACAAGCUGUGCUAUGCUCUUUGGCCGGAGUCAAGGCACCAGACAGUGGGUGGAGUGAUGAAGCUCUUUCAUUUUUUGAUGAAGCAGUUACAGACAAACAGCUGAAAAUGAGUGUUAUUGGCAAAAAUGGCAAUAAGAAUAUGGCGCAGUUAAUAUAUCCAGAAUCUCAAGAAUUGGUGUCAGAGCAUCUAACAUCAGCAGGACACGCAGUUUUCUUGGAUGUAUCUACAGCGAUAGGAUCAGAAACAGAUGGUAUGAUUUCGAAUGAAAUUUCUGUUUCCAAGGCAGAAGACAUAAACUCAAAUGGUGAAUCUUUUGCGACUUCAGAAGACAAUGUGUUGGAUUCAUUCACUGUAUUGCAACUGUCAGUUGGUGACUCAUUUGACGUUAAGGUUGUGUCAAUCAACAAUCUUGACUCUUUCUUUUGUAGUCCUGUAAGCUCAGAAGGUGAGCUGGAGGAGCUGAUGCAGAAGCUUGCUUUAAGCUGUGCAGAAGCUGCUGUGGUUUGCUUGCCAAAAGGUCAAUUGGUUCCAAGAGCUGCAUGUGCUGCACAAUACUCAGUAGAUGGACAGUGGUAUCGUGCAAGGGUAGUCAGUGUUUUGGAAGGCAGUGCUACUGUAGCUUUUGUUGACUACGGAAAUACGGAAACAAUUUCCAGUGACCGUCUUUUACCGUUGAAUCCUGAACUUCGACGUCUUCCAGCUCAGGCAAUACACUGCUGCAUGGCUGAUAUUGUAUCACCUAACUUAGAUGAAGGGUGGUCUGAUGAAGCUUGCAGAAAACUGGAUGAACUAACUAGCGACAAAAUCUUGUCGUGUACUAUUUCCUCACUCCAACCAGAGGGAGUUUAUGAAGUUCAACUGAUUAAUGCUGAGACAGGUGAGAUACUGCAAAAUCAGCUUAUUGCUAUGGAAAUGGCAAUUAGAGAGGCAACAGAAUUGGGAACCAACGCUGUACUACAGUGGCAGACAGGUACUUCUGAUUCAGAACAUUUUGUUGAAGUUGGUGACUCAGGUGGUGUUCCUUCUCUAGAGGUGGACAGAAGUCUACUAGAACCAGUGUCUGAGAUGCAGUAUGAAAUACAGCCUGAUAUAAUGCGAGAUGUAACAGUUCGAGAUGUUGAAGAUGGAAGCAAUGUGGAACCUGUGCAGCCUGAUCUGGUAACAAGCAAAGUGGCAGAUGACGAAAAUGUCACUCAGUCUCCUCUGAUUCAGCCAGAUGUUGUUGUAGCUCAGGUUGAUCUUAUUGCUAAGCCACUAGCUGAGCCUGAAGUUUAUCCAGAGGAGCCAGACAUUCAGAAGUCUGUUCGUCAAUCUCAACAGCAGGACGCAAUAGCUCUGCCAGAGCUAAUAGUUUCAGAGUUGCAAGUCACAAAUGCACCAAGAGGCGAUACAUUUGCUGUCGAUGUGAGUGCUACUGUUACUGUUAUUGAAGAUGUAGAUGAAGAUGAAGCUGUUGAAGCAGAACGUGUACAUCCUGAUGAUAAGGUUAUGAUGUCAAGUGUAGUAGCUGAUGAACCAGUUGAAUCAUCACCAGAAUCUGCAGACAUUUCAGAAUUUGAAACUGAAAAGUCAAUUGCUGAUGAAUUGGUUGAGUCGGUAAUACAGUCAGCUAUAGAUAGAUUUUUUCAUGAUGGAGUACAUGAGGAAGGUUUGAAAACUGAAGCUUCAAUAGAAAAGUCUGUGGACAGAGUAGAUGGUGAAUUGGUGUGUGAUUCAGGUGGUAGUCAAUCAUCAGAAGAUGGUUUGAAUGGGCAAUUACAGCAAGUGGUCAUAACGCACGUGGAAGAUAAUGGUUGCUUUUGGGCUAGAAUUGGUGAUGAAGAAGAUCAUCAAGAAUAUAUAGAUUUGGUUGAACAAAUGAAUGAUCACUAUGGCGCUUUGGAAGUUCCUCGUGAUGAUGCGGUUGUAGUAGAAGAGGAUGAAGAGGCAUUGGGAGGGGAAACGACGUCAGUAAAGGAAGAGACUUUAGCAGAGGAACAGCUCUUGUCAGAGGAAGCAGCAUCAACUGAAAAAGAGACAACAGUGGUGGAUGAAGCUUUGCAAGAGAAGGAAGUAGCUGAAAAGGUGUCGAUAUCCAAUUACUCUAUUGGUGAUCUGUGUGCUGUUCCUUGGAUGGAAGAUGGACAGUGGUAUCGAGGGAGAGUGACUGGUAUCAUCACAGAUGCAACUGAAGGAGACAGCAUAGUGGUUCAAUUGAUCGAUUCAGGUCAAGUGCGAACAAUCUCCCUCUCUAUAGUUCGACCUCUUGUUACACCUUUUGGUAACCCACCAGAGUUUGCUACAUACUGUGCACUAGCCGGUGUUGAUCCUGGUAGUAAGGGUUGCUCAAAUGAAGUCAAGACCUUCUUAGGUGACCUGUCAAGAGACAAACUUAUCUACGGACAGGAAGACAACUCAUCUGAGGAAGAAGUGACUCUGUUGCAUCUUUAUUCACCGAGCGAUAAACUGAAAGGAGUUUCAUUUCAGAUAUACAGUAGUCAGCUGCCCUUCGUGGUUAGAGGUGAAGUUUCUGGUGCAUCAUCUGAUAUUGAUUCCACACGAGUUGAAAUUGGUUCCUAUCGAGACUUGCAGGAUUCACUGAGCGUAUCAAGCUUUGCUGUCAGUGAAAGGGCAUCACCACCUCUACUGGAGUCGGUGUCAGAGGACAAGCAAACACCAGCUAUGCCAGGAGCCUAUGAUACAGCAGCCACUGCAGUUGCUAUAGAAGUCACUGAUGCUGCAGUUGAUGGUGAUGGUGACCUGAAAACUGUUGAUGAUAGUCAUCGUAGUGACACACUUAAAGUUCGUAAGCCGAGGGGUUACAUUUAUGUGAACAAACUAAUUGUUGAUCAGGGAUUAGCGAAGCUGAAAUAGUUGCAAGGGGUUAUUUUUACAAAGUUAAGCGGUCAUAAUAGAACAGUUGAGAUCUUUCGUUGAAUGCAUGGUAGUUUAGCUGUUGCAGACUUCUCUGACUUCAGGUGCAAAUGAAGUUCCACGUAGUUACUGCAGGUUUUUGUUGUUUUCUAGUUAUUGGUGAUAUGAUAUAGAAAUGGUAAUGACUUCAAACUUUAUC